AUGAGGCUGUUGAAAGUGAUCCCCUUUGCGUUGCUGCUCGUAGCACUAGUGGCAGCGGUACCGACCCAAGAGCGGAGUACUCGGCUCCUAGGUACACUUCAGCGACACUUGGCUAGGCCAGCAAUUCCAAAAGGUUUUGUGCCGCGUAACGAAAACACUACCGGAGGACGGUUCCGUACCAAGAUCGAUCACUUCAACCCACAGAACAGGGAUACGUUUGAGUUUAGCUACUUUUCAAACAAUGAGUUCUACCGGCCUGGUGGACCCAUCUUCAUUUUCGUCGGUGGCAACUUUGCCAUGACGACGUACUACAUCGAGCAUGGGUUGCUGUAUGACACGGCCGCCCGCGAUGGCGCCUGGCUGUUCACGAACGAACAUCGAUACUAUGGAGCGAGUACUCCGGUGCCCGACUACUCAACGGAGAAUCUGCGCUUCCUCAAGUCCGAGCAAGCACUAAUGGAUCUGAUUGAGUGGAUCGAUUACCUGCGCAACACCGUAGUGGGUGAUCCGAACGCGAAAGUCGUCCUGAUGGGCACGGGAUACGCUGGAGCAUUGGCGACGUGGGCCCGCCAACGAUUCCCCAGCAUCAUCGACGGUGCCUGGGGCGCAGGAGCGACCGUUCUGGCCAGUUUCGACUUCCAGGAGCAUGCUGGAGAUAUUGGUGAACUGAUUCGCCGUUUCGGUGGCAAUGAGUGCUACAGCAUGAUCUGGGUUGCCUUCCGCACCGCCCAAUAUCUGAUCGAUGCGGGACUGGAUCAAACGGUUACGAGCCUGCUAAACACCUGCGAGCCCAUCGAGCCGGGUAAGCUGCUCGAUGUGGAGACACUGUUCUACCACCUGAAGCUGGCCAUCCAGGAAGCGAUGCUGGGACAGCAAAGCACUGCCAAGAUCCGGGAUGUGUGUGAAGCCAUGAUGAACAGUACGGAGGAAACGGCCCUGCAUGAUCUUGCCGGUUGGCUGAACGUGUACUAUGCAAACCUUCCCUGCAAUCCGUUCGACUUCGAUACAAACAUGGAGGCGGCACAGGUGCUGCAGCCAGGUGCACCGGAAAAUGCACUGCUGGGAUUGCGCCAGACCCAGUACCAAGCAUGCACUGAGUUCGGCUGGUUCCGGACGACGGACUUGGACGAGCAGCCGUUCGGUGAUCGGGUGACGAUGCACUUCUUCCUCUCCGCCUGCCGAGCCCUGUUCGGUGAGUGGGUCACCGAUGCCGUCAUCUACGAGGGUGUGCGGCUGACCAAUCUGCACUACGGCGGACAGGAUCCGCGCUCCACGAAUGUGCUGUUUACGAAUGGGGAGUUUGAUCCGAACCGGCUGGUGUCGAUCACGAGCUACAUCAAUCCGCUUAGCUAUGCGUAUGUGGUACCGAACGAGUUCCUGUACUCUGAAAUUUACUCCAUCGCGGAGGAGGACUCGACAGAGCUGGUUACGAUUAAGCAAAGUAUUCAGUCAUUCAUUGGCCUUUGGCUAGGCGAUGGACUAACUCCCGUUUGAGCAGAAUAUCAGAGUAAUAAAAAAUGGAAAUGGUAAUGUUGAAAUAAAACCCGAUACUAAAUCAUUCUAAUGAA